AUGCUGAAACAACAACAGUCUAAUUCCGGCGGAAGAAAAGCGUCUAAUGGUACAACGGGCCCCGCCGGUAUGUCUUCUCCAGUCAGCGGCGGCGGCGGCAGCAGCGGAAACAGGACGCCGGCCGGGAGGAAUCGAGCGAAUGCAAAACCACCAUUCCAGUCUUCUCCCGUUUUUGAGGGAGUCUACAACAAUGCUCGAAUGCUUCAUUUCCUCACAGCUGUUGUGGGUUCCACUUGCGAUAUAAGAGUGAAGAAUGGCAGUAUGUUUGAAGGCAUUUUUAAGACCCUUAGCUCACGGUGCGAAUUAGCCGUGGACGCUGUGCACAAACGCAACGAGGAGGAGGGCUCGACGUCUGUGCCCCCGCGGAGGGAAGACAUCACCGACACCAUGAUCUUCAGCCCUUCAGAUUUGGUUACCAUGAUAUGCAGAGACGUGGACCUCAACUUUGCCACCAGAGAUACCUUCACUGACACCGCUAUCAGCUCCACUCGCGUCAACGGGGAACACAAGGAGAAAGUGCUGCAGAGGUGGGAGGGAGGUGACAGCAACGGCGAGAGUUAUAAUUUGGACGCGGACACAUCCAAUGGCUGGGACGCCAACGAGAUGUUCCGUUACAAUGAAGUGAAAUAUGGAGUCACGUCAACAUAUGAUUCCAGCCUUUCUAUGUAUACUGUGCCACUGGAGAGAGGCACCUCGGAAGUAUACCGACAGAGGGAGGCCCGCGCCGCUCGCCUUGCCAGCGAGAUCGAGUCCAGCCCCCAGUAUCGCCACCGCGUGGGCCUGGAAAACGACGAGGGCAAAAGCGAGGAGGACAAGUACAGCGCCGUGGUGCGUGACGGCGCCGAUCGGGAGCGCGGCCACGAGAGUCCCCGUGAACGUGGCCGAGACAGCCCCGGAGCCAGGGAGGGCAAGUACAUUCCUCUACCACAACGGCAAAGGGAGAUGAACCGGGACCGCGACCGAGCCGAGAGGGGUCCUGGCGGCCCCCCGUCCCACAGCCGUCUCAGCGGGGGUUACCGCUCCACCCCUCCGUCCUCAUCGUCCUCGUCCCCCAGACCACCCCUGCCGUCCGCCACCGGCCCCCCAGGUGGCGUCUCCCCUUCAGAGCGAAGCAGCCCCCUGUCAGGUCGAGGUGGCGCUUAUGCCACCCACCACCCCCAGGGAAGCCCCAGCCCGGGCCCCGGCUCCGGUCCCGCCAGUCCGUACACGCCCGCUUCUCCCGGGGCAGCAGCCUCCCACUCCGCCGCCCCUUCACCAACCAGCCCGCCUGCCCCCCACGGACACGCUGUCCCACAUUCCCAUUCCCUCCCGCACUCCUUGUCAGAGGCUGCCAGACCUGUUAAUGGCGUUCCUCCCAGGACUUCUCCCAAAGCUCAAAGACCACCACAGUCAAGCAGAACAGUCCGCACUCCCAACACACAUGCUCAGUCCACUGCUGCUCGCUCGCCAAAAUCAGGCUCUUCCCAGGACACGCCUUAUCUGGACACGUCGUCCAUCUCCUUGCCCGCGCACAAGACGUCAGGCCCCGCCCCUCUCUUCCCUGUGGACGUGAAUGAGAUCCUCUGCGCCGCUGCUAAAGUACGCUGUGCCGACAGUCCCAGCGGCACAGAGGAAAGCAAGAGCGGCAAAGCCCCUUCGGUUCAACAAAGGUCACAAAUUGAGGAGCUACGAAAGUUCGGGAAAGAGUUUAGGCUCCAGCCGAGUGGAGGCACAUCCAGCGGUCCCGGCUCGCCUGCAGCAGCAACUCCCCCCGCGGUCGUUGACACGGCGCUGGCUAAACCUUCGCCGUCAGAUGAAGCCAAAGCACAGCCCGCCGCACCCUCCAACCCUCAGCCUUCGCCUCUCCCAUCGGACGAAUCCCCCAAGGAGGCCCCCAACUCCGCUGGCGCGGAGGCCGGUUCGGGCAGGCAUUCGCCAGCUGCUCCUCAGCCAGCCAGAACCCCCGGAAGUGAGGAGGGCACGUCAGACCGUGCAGAGGGUGUGGCAGACCAAGUGAAGAAGUCCACCUUAAACCCCAAUGCUAAAGAAUUCAACCCAGGCAAACUUCAAAUGCCAAUGACCAAACCCAACACAGCACCCACCCCGCCUCGCCCCACCCCUCCGAGCCCCGUUGUCAUUCAGCACCCGGGCGGGCAGGGUCCGCUCUACAACGCCCCCUACCUGUCGUAUGUCUCGCAGAUCCACUCAGUACAGACCCCACAAAUGUACCAGUACACGAUGUCUGCAGUGGGCCAGGGAAAGUACCCUAGGACUAAAGGAUCUGUGGUGGCGGCACGCUCAGAUCACGGCGCGUCAGCGCCGCCCAUGCUCCAAGCAGCAGCGUCCGCGGCCGGCGCCCCCCUUGUUGCGUCUCCUUACCCUCAGUCCUAUCUGCAGUACAGUCCGCAGCAGUACAGCCAGCAACAGGUCAUACAGGCCAUGUCGCCGUAUCCCGGACAGCCCAUGUACUCCAUGCUGCAGGGAGGAGCUAGGAUGAUAGGGCAAGGCGGGGGUCCCCACCCGCAAGCCCUCGGCCCCCCUGGGGGCCCGCAGUUCCAGGCACAAGGGGAAGGGCCACAGGGACCCCAGCAGGGCAUUUAUGCGCCACAGUCCUUCUCCCACCACUCGGGGGCGGUCCACCAGCCUCAGCCGUCUAGUACCCCAACUGGAAACCAGCCCCCACCCCAGCAUGCCGCACCCAGCCCCGGACAGAGCGCGCAGUCAGGCCCGCAGCCGCAAUCCCUGUAUCACUCGGGUCCGCUGUCGGCGCCGACCCCACCCAACAUGCCGCCCGGACACACGUCCCCGCAGGGAUCCUACCCUAUUCAGGGCUACAGUAUCCACAGCCACCAGGGCAUCCCACCUACAUACCCCCUGGGACAGUUGGCACAGGCCCACGUGCAAGGAGCCAUGUCGGGUCCCCACCACUCGGGGAGCCACGCUCAGCCCCAGUUAGUCAUGUUACAGCCCCCACCGCAGCAAGGUCCCAGCUCGGUACCCCAGCACCCGCAACACGGACCGCAGCAGGGGACGCACCAACACUUUUACAUCGGACACCCGCAAGCAAUGCAGGUUCAGACGCACCCGGCAUCCUUCCAUCCGCCCGGAAACUAA